CUUGAAUGCCACACCCAGAUGAGCAUUAUGGGGUCAAUAUUCGAUAACUCAGCUUUCACUAUCAUUGCGGCUGAAGGUGAACACGCAGAUUUUGGCUUGCCCGGCUUAGAAGGCAUAUCCCGCCCUAGGAAACACGACUUGGAAACAUUUACCUUCCAAACAGAUGACGGGGAGAUCCUAGAUAUUUAUAUUCGGAGACGAUCAAAGACGAAAUGGGCAAGACGGGCAUGGACAUUUCAAGAGGAUACCUUCUCCAAAAGAAGACUGAAAUUUGACAGAUACGGCGUGCGAUGGGAAUGCGGUACUACUGUUUGUGAAGAACAUCGGGAAUCGGAUGACUUUCUCGUUGGAAAGGGUAGAGGAUGGUCUGAGAAGUCUCAUUUCUUUCGGCCCUACCCAUCCAUACCUGAUUUCGCCUUCUUGGUAUGGUCGUACAACAAACGAGAACUGACCUAUGGAGAAGACGGACUUCGAGCAUUUGCGGGAAUAUUAACCGCUCUCGGCCAUAAAUUCCAGGGCGGCUUCAUCCACGGCCUUCCGGUCAUGUUUCUAGACGUUGCGCUUCUGUGGCAAAUGAGUGGUGCAUGUAAACGAAGGGCCGCUUCAAAACUAAAUGCCGAAUCGAAGUGUCCUCCAAGUUGGUCAUGGGCUGGUUGGAAAGGCGAGAUUCGAUACAUGCUAUGGGGCGCCAAGUGCGAUUAUCUGAGACGGGGAAACGCAAUAGAAAGAACAAUCCCGAUGGUUGAAUGGUUCAGCCAGGAAAGCAAGGACUCGACCCCGGUGUUGAUUACCCAUCAAAACUCCUGGUGCCUAGACCGAACCAAAUACCUUAGUGGAGCGAAUGACCUCCCUCCAGGAUGGACGAAGCACGAAAUCGAUUCUGCCGACCAAGAACCAAGACUGAUCUCUCCUCAAACUCAUUAUUACCAACACAAUUCCAUCCCCGAAACCCAGUUCUGGUAUCCGAUACCAUUACCUGCCCCUCAUCAGGACCCAAUAAUUCAGUCAUGGGGUAGAUUACUAUCCUGCCGCGCCCAAAGCGCCACCCUACGAGUCUGCUGGAACGAGAUAGACGGCAACAGAGCUGUUAUUAUACGCGGUCUGGAUGGAUCACCGGCGGGAGUAGCUGUUAUCCUCCGCGCUUUGGAUGGAUCACUGGCGGGGAUACUGCAUUAUCCACGAGAAGAUCUCGCCAGCCGGCCGCUAGAAAAUCGGACUUUGGUCGCUAUAUCCCAGGGGUGUCUCCUCGACGGCUACGUGAUACCUUCCGGAUAUCCGGAGCUGCUUCUGUCGGAGUGCCCUUACGGAACAGACUUGCGUCAUAAGAAGUUCCCUGAGAGAUCGGGAACAUACGAGUUCUAUAAUGUUUUGCUGGUUGAGUGGGAAGACGGCAUCGCAUACAGGAAGGCUCUCGGUCGAGUUAUGAAGGAAGUGUGGGAACAUCAAGAUAUCGAAAUGAUCGAUUUAAUUUUGGGAUGAAUGCCAUUUUCUCUCUGGGGUUGCUUGCUCGAGUUUAGGUUCGUGCGCAGAUUUAGUUCGGCCUGUAAUUCCUUUAGUCCUAACUUAUUUACGGUGCUGCAAGAUCUUCUCAAUAAAUACCUAAUGUUGCAUCUUGAAACGGUUAAGAUCUGGUCCUUUCUCAGGGACACUAGAC